CCCCCCGCGGGGGCAAAGUACGCAUUUUUCUCUCGCUUCGCGGGAGGGUAAUCUGAGUGUGUUCCUACGCCGUGGCAAAGAAUACGGUUUCUUCUCCUAAGUCCUCCGGAAAAUCACUCUAUUUUGCAGAUCAGGCAGAUUAUUUAUUGACUCUGGAAUAUGAUACGGAUGGGAAGCUCAUACCCAGGAAAGGGAGACCUAGGCGAAAAACUGCCACCAAGCUUGAUGACAAAAUAGCAGGGCUUGUGCGCCAAAAGAAUGACAGAAAAGGCAAAAAUAAAAGAGAUAUUGAGGUUGAUCCUAUUGGUAAAGAAGCCGAAGAUGAUGAAGAAGAAAAUGAGGAUGAAAGUAGCGCCGACGAUGGUGAAGAACCUAUAAUUUGUACGAUGGAUCAGUAAAUCAAAGUCAAGCUCUGGAAGUCAGAAAGGAGGAAGCAGAAAUGAAAAGGCCGGAAAAAGAAACAAGGAAUUAUACUCAACAUGUGAUUCGAUUAACUCAAUUGAUAUUUCGGAUCAAGAAGAGUCCAUAGUUCAGCAGAAGAACAAACAGAAGACGAAGGAGACAGAGAAAGACAAAGGGGAAGAUAUGAGAAAGGGGGAAUCAUCAAACAGUGAGAAAGAGAAACAGAAGGCGAGGGAGGAAGAAAAAGAAGAAGAAAGAGAACAGAAAAUAUCAAGGAAAGAAAGAAUUCAAAGCGUCCUAAAACGAGCGCGUGAGAGCAGCAAAAAACACACUGUCAAUCGAAAGAACACAAAAAAACAAAAAUUGAGCCAACUAAACUAUGAUGUACUCCCUCCAGCACGUGUCCGUGGAGAUGAUAUGGAGAUUUUCUCUGACACUGGCAUUUUUGUUGAUACAAAGGAACUAUCAGAAAUGAUAGACAAAUAUAUGUAUGAUAGGGGAAGAUGGGUUAGCGAUCUGAUGCGAUUGACAAUGGGUGAGAAUUUGAAAGGGAAAACAGGUCAUGGUAAUGGUGGAAAAGACAAAAUCCCAGAAGAGAUCUAUGCCGCUGUAUUCCAUACAGUCAACAGCUACAUAACUCCAGCACUCCGUAUGAAUGAUGGAGUAUACAGUCGUAUUGUGGCUCAAUUGUGUGUCCGGGAGAAAAGGAAAAGUCGACAACGUGGUGGCUCGUCAAACCAAGCGCCAGGGGGGACUGGAUCUGAAGUGGAGGAACCGAUUGCGAAACCACCUGAA